AGCAGCCAGCUGACUUUCCGAGCCAGCGGCCACAUCCCUUGCAACAUGUAACACGCACAGCGGCGCAGUCGCUUGCCCGCAGCGUUGAUGAAACCAUGGCCGAGGUUUUGGCCGCUGGCGGCUCUCAGCGCGGCUCAGGUGCCUGUCAUGCCACUGGGCCCGCUGUUUCCGGACUACGACUGCAGGAAAGUGGGCGUGCUGGAUGGCAUCGAUUGGCCCCACUGGCUGUCCACGUUCGAGAAGUCGCCCGCCUCCUGGGCCGAUGCCGGGUCGCGGUAUUUCGAUCUCUUCAUGGACGGCGACUUUGAGUCUUAUCAGCGCUGGUCUGAUGCAUGCCCGCUGGGCGUGCUCAAUGCGGAGCUGGCCCUCUACACCUUCGCAAUGAGCAACGGUCACGCAGAGCAUGCGGCGACGUACCGAGACAGCCUCCGCCCCAAGCUUCGCGCUUGGCCGCUGCGGGUGCUGAUAGGUUCGCAGUGGCCCCUGCUGCUGCUGAUCUCGCCGGAUGCCCUGCGAGAGCAAGUGCCAGAAGGAGUCCCCGACUUCGCGAACAGUCGCCAAGCAAAUUGUCUAGAUGUGGAGAAUCCGAUGCUGGACUGGCGGGGCUUCCAAUCCGUCUUCUACGGCGAGCGCCGCAAGGAGUGGAUGGAGACCUCCAUCCGCUACGUGUAUUCCUGGCAGAUGUCGCAGAUCCCGCAGGAGUUGGCCAAAGAAUGCCUUCUGGGAUUCCUGACGGCAAUGCUGAUCAAGGCAUUUACAUGCGCCACGUCAGAGAGUACCUGCUACGAGAGCUUUGCGCAGCAGAUAGAGAGCUUCUUUGCCAAGGAGCCGAACUUCUUCGAAGUACUGGCCCACAGCCGAUGGCCCUGGGCGAUGAUUAUCAACCACAUGGCCCGCUCAGCGCGGCACAAGUACUUCCUGGACUUCAGUGAGGAGGAGCUCUCCGGGAGCGCGACCCACCGCGACCUCGGCAGGUCAGCCGUGCAACUGGGGCGCUGGCUGUCAGCACAGUCUGAGUCCUCGCAGAGCUUUCGGGACCUCCUGGCGGCCUUGCCUCACCUGGGCCCUGCACCCGCGGAGGCGCCAAACAUCGUUUACGUGACGAUGAUCUACGGCAAAAACUUCAAUAGGCACCUUGGGAGGUUUUGCGCCCGCGCGCGUGCGCUGGGCACACCUGGCCAGAGGCUGCUGCUCUUCACGCUCGACGAGGACGCCUUUCGGCUGUGUUUGGUGGAGAACGCUGGGCGAUGUAUCCGAGGCACUCCAUCGAUUGUCAACAAGUUCACGCUGCCUUUGCUGUGCGCGAGGUUGGGCUUGGACUCGGUGUGGAUUGACCUGGACGUUUUCCUCAUGGCCGAUCCCACUCCGGCGAUCGUCGCCCACGCGGAGCGCGGGCCUUACGACUUGCUGGUCUCGGGCUCCUUUGAGGCGGACUGCAUCUGCAACGGCAUCGUCUACUUCCGCUCGACGGAGGCUGUCGCAGAUUGGCUUUUGGCCGUUAUCGUUUGGAUGUACCAUCACCCCUACGAGCACGAUCAGAAGACCUUUAGCGCCUUUCUGAACUACACCGAGCGGGUAACCAAGGAGCCCCUGGACCUUCCCAAGAUCCCCGCCUGGGACACACUGGAUCCCAUCAACCAGUUCGUGACGCCAGACACCUUCGAGGGAAACGGCUGGAUGGGGGACCUCGAGAAGAUCCUGAUCUACCACUUCCUGAACGGCGAGUCGGACACCGGCUCCGGCCUGGAUCCGAGCGGCACCUGGCUGCGGCAGCACGGCCACUUCUCCGAGGGCCUGGGCCCGGUGAAGGGCAAGAAGGUCACCCUCAUGGACCUCUUCUACACACAAGAGGACGAGGAGCUCUACACCACUGCGAAGCCGGCAUAUGAAAAUCAGGCGCUGCGGGCCGCGCUGCUGUCCUCUCGCAAGGCCACCCGCAGUACGCGGCUUCUGGGCCAGCCCUGUGGCCCCAUGGUGGGUUGGGACUCCCAGGCAGAGGAGCUGUCACCGGAGGCCGUUCAGGAGCGGCUGCGGGCUGCAAGGCAAGGCACUGCCGCCAAGCUGAGGUCCUGACCCGACUCACUGAUGUCUCGCGGCUUUCGCUCGAGGACCAGGGACAAGAAGGCGCGCGCCCUCAAGG